CUGUUCAUAUUCAUCAAGGUGUGCAAGGCAUACUGUUUGGUUUCGGAUAUUUAGAUCUUAAUGACUUAAGUUUAUGAUAUUUCUUUCUGUUAUUUUUUGCCGCAUGGAGAAAUGCAAGUGAGAGUAAGACGGACAACGUAUGUGGGAGUGUGCAACUGCACUUGUGAUCUUUCUUUGUACAGCUGAGUUGUUAUUUUCUUUAUGCAAGGCGUGGAAAGCUAAAAAUGUUACUGACUUUCCCAGUCACACACCCAUUUGCUUAAGGAUUCAUUAACUUCCUUUUCUUUCCCAGAAGUUUAUUUUUUCUGAACAGAUUAGAAACCUGGUUUUGAAACUGAGCAUUUAAGUUCACUGUGUAUGAGCAUACCAAACUUUCUGAAGCAGAACUGUUUGUUUUUGCAAGUGGGUGUAAAGGAUCGCCCGGAACAGUUAAGGAAUUAGGAAUUUCAGCUCAUGAACUAACUUUCCUGUUUUUGUAAACAUGUAUCAAUAUGAUAUGGGGCAAGUGGAGGUGCCCAGGUCUCCAACUACCCCAACACUUUCCCCUGCUGCAUUUAUAAAUCAGACUCAGUACUCCAACGUUUUGGAAGGGAGAUUUAAGCAGCUACAAGAUGAGCGUGAGGCUGUACAGAAGAAGACAUUUACAAAGUGGGUCAACUCUCACCUGGCAAGAGUAACAUGCAGAAUUUCAGACUUGUACACCGACUUGAGAGAUGGCAGAAUGCUCAUUCGAUUGCUGGAAGUGUUGUCAGGAGAGCAGCUGCCCAAACCAACAAAAGGACGCAUGAGGAUCCACUGUCUAGAGAAUGUAGACAAAGCAUUGCAAUUCCUCAAGGAACAGAAGGUGCACUUAGAAAAUAUGGGAUCACAUGAUAUUGUAGAUGGAAACCAUCGCCUUACACUGGGUCUUAUUUGGACCAUCAUUCUACGAUUCCAGAUUCAAGAUAUCAGUGUGGAAACAGAGGAUAAUAAAGAAAGGAAGUCUGCAAAGGAUGCCCUGCUACUGUGGUGUCAGAUGAAAACUGCCGGAUAUCCAAAUGUCAAUGUUCACAACUUCACGACCAGUUGGAGGGAUGGGCUAGCUUUUAACGCUAUUGUACACAAACACAGACCAGACAUUAUAGAUUUUUCAACGCUAAAGAAAUCCAAUGCUCAUUACAACCUGCAGAAUGCAUUUAAUGUGGCUGAGAAAGAACUGGGACUCACCAAACUUCUGGAUCCUGAAGAUGUUAAUGUGGAUCAGCCAGAUGAAAAGUCCAUUAUUACUUACGUGGCCACCUUCUAUCACUAUUUUUCCAAAAUGAAGGCACUUGCUGUGGAAGGGAAACGUAUUGGAAAGGUGCUGGACUACGCUAUUGAAGCUGAUAAACUAAUUGAAAAGUAUGAAAGCCUCGCCUCAGCACUUCUGCUUUGGAUUGAGCAAACAAUUCUCAUCCUGAAUGACAGGAAGCUGUCAAACUCCCUAAAUGGUGUGCAGAACCAGCUGCAGGCAUUCAACACAUACCGCACAGUGGAGAAGCCACCCAAGUUUACUGAAAAGGGCAACCUUGAAGUGCUGUUGUUCACGAUUCAGAGUAAAAUGAGAGCAAACAACCAAAAAGUAUAUACUCCACGGGAAGGCAAACUUAUUUCUGAUAUCAAUAAGGGAUGGGAGCGGCUGGAAAAAGCAGAACAUGAAAGAGAAUUGGCAUUGCGUACUGAGCUGAUCCGUCAGGAGAAGUUAGAGCAGCUGGCUGCAAGAUUUGAUCGGAAGGCUGCCAUGAGGGAGACAUGGCUCAGUGAAAAUCAGCGUUUGGUGUCUCAGGAUAACUUUGGCCUGGACCUCCCUGCAGUAGAGGCAGCAACAAGGAAACAUGAAGCUAUCGAAACGGACAUUAAUGCUUAUGAUGAGCGUGUUCAGGUUGUGGUUGCUGUGGCAAAAGAGUUAGAUGCAGAGCGCUACCAUGAUGUCAAGCGAAUUCUGGCCAGGAAAGACAAUGUGCUACGGCUAUGGGAUUAUCUUCGUGAGCUGCUAGGCGCACGUCGAGAGAGGCUAAUGAUGAACCUUGAGCUACAGAAAAAUCUUCAGGAAAUGCUUUAUAUUAUGGACUGGCUUGAGGAUAUGAAGGGUCGACUGCAGUCCCAAGACUAUGGCAAACACUUGCAAGGUGUGGAAGCUCUGCUGCAGACGCACACACUGGUGGAGGCAGAUAUCGCAGUCCAGGCAGAGCGUGUGAAAGCAGUUAGUGCUGCGGCAGCAAAGUUCGCUGCUGAGGAACAAGCAUACAAGCCUUGCGAUCCUCAAGUUGUACAAGAUCGCAUAAGCACGCUUGAUUCAUGUUACAAGGAACUGUGCAAACUAGCUGCAGAACGUCGUGAGAAAUUGGAAGAAUCCCGCCGUCUGUGGAAGUUCUUUUGGGACAUGGUUGAGCAAGAAGCCUGGAUCAAGGAUCAGAGUAAGAUCUUGUCAUCUGAUGAUUGUGGGAAAGAUCUCACCAGCAUUAUUCGCCUGAUCAGUAAGCACAAUGCUUUUAAGGAUGAGAUGAGCGGCCGAUUUGGCCCACUCCAGCAAACCAUUAAGGAAGGUGAAGGGUUAGUAGAAGAAGGACAUUUUGGAGCUGGAGACAUUAGUGAAAGGAUCAGAGACAUCAGACAACAAUGGGAGACUUUGGAACGAUUAUCCAAGGAAAGGGAACAGAGACUUAAAGAGGCCUACAACCUGUAUCAGUUUCAGGCUGAUGCCAAUGACAUUGAGACCUGGACUCUUGAGGCCCUUCGCAUUGUUUCCAGCAAUGAGGUUGGACAUGAUGAGUAUUCAACUCAGACUCUGAUGAAGAAACACAAAGAUGUGGAAGAAGAGAUUCAGAAUCACCGGCCUACUAUCGAUGCUCUGCAUGAACAGGCUUUGAGUCUGCCACCAGAGUUUGCAAUAUCACCAGAAGUAGAUGGUAGACUUCCUGCUAUAGAACAACGAUAUGAAGAGUUAGUAGCUCUGUCAGAAAGCAGGAAGCAGGCCCUGCAGGAUGCUCUUGCACUUUAUAAGAUGUUUAGUGAGGCAGAUGCAUGUGGGCUUUGGAUAGAUGAGAAGGAGCAAUGGCUGGUCAACAUGGAGAUUCCACAAAAGCUUGAAGACUUGGAGGUUGUACAGCAAAGGUUUGAGACCCUGGAGCCAGAAAUGAACAAUCUGGCAUCACGUAUAUCUGCAGUGAAUGAUGUUGCAUGCCAGUUGCUAGACACUGACCAUAGGAAUAAGGACGAGAUAAAAGCAACGCAAGACCAGCUGAAUGCCAGGUGGACUCAGUUCCAGAGUCUGGCUGACCAGAAGAAGGAAGCUUUGAAUUCAGCACUGAACAUUCAGAACUAUCACCUAGAGUGUAAUGAAACCAGGUCUUGGAUGCAAGAAAAGACCAAAGUGAUAGAGUCUACACAUGGGUUGGGGAAUGACUUAGCAGGAGUCAUGGCCCUGCAGCGUAAGUUGACUGGCUUGGAACGAGACCUAGAAGCUAUCCAGGGUAAGGUAGAUGAACUUCAAGUAGAGGCACAGAAGCUGACCACAGAACACCCUGAUCAAGAGGCCUCAAUCACUGGAAGAUUGAAUGAAAUAAACGAUGCUUGGAAGGAUUUGAAGGACACCAUGAAAAAACGUGAAGAGUCCUUGGGAGAAGCUAGCAAGUUACAAGGGUUUUUGCGUGACCUUGAUGACUUUCAGUCUUGGCUUUCAAGGACUCAGACCGCUAUUGCUUCAGAGGAUGUCCCCACAACCUUACCAGAGGCAGAGAAAUUGCUGAAACAACAUGAAAACAUAAAGAAUGAAAUUGAUCAUUACAUGGGAGAUUACCGGAGAAUGAGGGAUGUCGGUGAGGAGGUUACCCUAGGACAGACUGAUGUUCAGCACAUGUUCUUAAAUCAGAGACUCCAGGCCCUUGAUACUGGAUGGAAUGAAUUGAGGCAAAUGUGGGAGAGCAGGAAUGAUCUCCUUUCUCAAGCGUAUGGAUUCCAGACAUUCUUACGAGAUGCAAGACAUGCGGAACGAUUCUUAAAUAACCAGGAAUAUGUAUUAUCACAUACAGAGUUGCCCACCACCCUGGAAGGGGCAGAAGAGGCCAUUAAGAAGCAUGAAGACUUCAUGAACACAAUGGAUGCCAAUGAAGAGAAAAUCAAAGUGGUACUUGACACUGGCAGGAAGCUGGUCACAGAAGGAAAUGUUCAUUCUGACAAAAUCCAAGAAAAAGUUGACUCUGUCGAUGAAAGGCACAAGAAGAAUCGUAAAGCUGCCAAUGAUGUUUUAUCACGACUCAAGGACAACAGAGAAUUGCAGCAUUUCUUACAAGACAGCCAAGAGUUGACCCUCUGGAUUAAUGAAAAAAUGCUGACUGCUCAAGACAUGUCCUAUGAUGAAGCUCGCAACCUACACAGCAAAUGGCAGAAACACCAAGCCUUCACAGCAGAGCUUGCUUCCAACAAGGACUGGCUAGAUAAAAUCGAUAAGGAAGGACAGAUUUUGGUAGCGGAAAAGCCCGAAUUAGAGCCUGUAGUGAAAGAAAAGCUUGCAGAAUUGCAUGGCCUCUGGGAUGAACUGGACACUACAACUAAAACGAAAGCACAGAGCCUUUUUGAUGCUAACCGCACUGAACUUUUUACUCAGAGUUGCUCUGCUUUGGAAAUCUGGUUUCAAAACCUAGAAGGACAGCUGCAUUCUGAUGACUAUGGCAAGGACCUCACCAGUGUCAACAUCCUUCUAAAUAAGCAACAGUUGUUAGAAAACCAGAUGGAAGUUCGGCAGAAGGAAGUGGAAGCUUUGAAAACCCAGGCACAGGCUUUGAGCCAGGAGGACGCAAACUCGGUAGAGGUCGAUUCUAAACAAACGGUGGUGGAGGAGAGGUUUCAGGAGCUGCUACAACCCCUACAAGAGAGAAGAAAGAAACUGCUGUCUUCAAAGGAGGGGCACCAGUUCAACAGAGACCUAGAAGAUGAGAUUCUUUGGGUAGAAGAGCGGAUGCCUAUGGCAGCUUCAACAGACCAUGGCAAGGAUCUUUCAACAGUACAGCUCCUCAUUAAGAAAAACCAGACCCUUCAAAAAGAGAUUCAGGGUCACCAGCCUCGAAUCGAUGAUAUCAUGGAGAAAGGACAGACCAUGGUAAAAGAAGACAGCCCUGAUUCUGAGGUUAUCCAGGGCCGACUGUCUGACUUGCAGGAGAUGUGGAAGGAGCUAAUUUCUGAGGUUGAGAAACGUCAUUCUAGGCUUGAAGAAUCACAGAAGGCACAGCAGUUCUAUUCCGAUGCAGCCGAAGCAGAAGCCUGGAUGGGAGAGCAAGAGCUACACAUGAUGUCGGAGGAAAAAGCUAAGGAUGAGCUGAGUGCACUGGCCAUGGUAAAGAACCACGAAGGUGUGGACCAGGCACUUGAAGAUUAUGCACAAACCAUACUCCAACUGUCAAACAUGAGCCGCGAUAUGGUGUCCAGUGGUCAUCCUGAAAGUGAACGGAUUACAACACGGCAAGGUCAAGUGGAUAAGCAGUAUGCAUGCUUGAAGGAUUUGGCUGAAGAACGGAGGGGAAAGCUACAAGAACAGCUACGCCUAUGUCAGUUGAAACGUGAUGUGGAUGACUUGGAGCAGUGGAUAGCAGAAAGGGAAGUGGUGGCUGGAUCUCAUGAGCUGGGACAAGAUUACGAACAUGUUACUAUGCUACGAGACAAGUUCCGUGAAUUUUCCCGUGACACCAGCAACAUUGGUCAGGAGCGUGUGGAUGCAGUGAACCUUAUGGCAGAUGACAUGAUUUCAUCUGGGCACUCUGAAAAUGCCACCAUUGCUGAGUGGAAGGAUGGGUUGAAUGAGGCAUGGGCUGACCUCUUGGAACUGAUCGAUACCCGCAGUCAGAUGCUGGCUGCCUCUUACGAGCUUCAUCGAUUUUACCAUGAUGCCAAAGAAACCCUGGGAAGGAUCCAGGAGAAGCAGAUGCAGCUGCCUGAUGAAGUAGGCCGGGACCUGAACAGCGUUGAGACUAUGCAUCGAAUGCAUACUACCUACGAGCAUGAUAUACAGGCACUGAGUUCUCAGGUGAAGCAGAUUCAAGAUGAUGCUUCUCGGCUGCAAAAAGCAUAUGCUGGUGAUAAAGCAGAGGACAUUCAGAGACAUGAACGAGAAGUUAUGGAGGCCUGGAAUGAACUUCAGAAUGCCAGCAAUGCUCGUCGACAGCUCCUCAUAGACACUGUAGAGAAAUUCCGUUUCUUUAAGAUGGUUCGAGAUCUCAUGUUGUGGAUGGAUGAUAUCACUUUUCAGAUUGAUGCCCAGGAGAGACCAAGAGAUGUUGCUUCUGCUGACUUGGUUAUCAAGCUCCACCAGGGUAUUAAAGCCGAAAUUGAUGCUCGAGCAGACAGUUUCACUACUUGUAUUGACAUGGGCAACACUCUACUUGCUAAGAAUCACUAUGCUUCAGAUGAGAUUUCAGAAAAACUUGCUCAGUUGGAGGAGAAAAGGAAAGAAAUUGGCGAUAAGUGGACAGAGAAGAUGAACUGGUUGCAGAUCGUUAGAGAAGUUUUGCUGUUCAGUCGAGAUGCCACCGUAGCAGAUUCUUGGCUUUCUAGCCAGGAACCAAUUGUUCGAGGGGCAGAACUUGGAAGUAAUGUGGAUGAAGUUGAAAAACUUAUCAAACGUCAUGAAGCCUUUGAAAAAUUAGCUGCAAGCUGGGAUGAACGAUUUUUAGCAUUGGAAAAACUCACAACGUUAGAAGAAGAAGAAAUUAAACGCCUAGAGGAAGAGGAGAGGAGGAAGAGGCCUCCAACUCCACCAACACCAGAGCCAGAGCCUGUGAUAGAAAAUGAAGUGGAGAGCAGCGAAACCACUGCAAUAACAGAAAGGCUAAACACUGAGUUAAACCAGAAACUGGAACCACCAUCUAUUAAUGGUGAAGAAACCGAACUUGAAUCUCUUCAGCCAACAUCAGAAUCAAGACAUCUAGAUGACACUUCAUUAUCCCAACCACUUUUCUCAGAAACUAUAGAAGCCAACAGUGGAACAAAGACGACAAUGGUAAAAGAAAUAUCAGAGCGUAGUAUGUCUCUCUCGUCUAAGUUGCCAAGUAAGCCUCAUCUUGAUCCUUUAUCAACAACACUUCCAGGCAAGAUCCCUGAUACCACAGGUGAAGAACAGGUAGAAGGGAUGUUGUAUCGUAAACAAGAGAUGGAGACACACAACAAGAAGGCAGCCAACAGGUCUUGGCAGAAUAUGUAUUGCGUGCUGAAGAAGGGUAGUCUUGGAUUUUAUAAAGAUUCAAAAAAUGCUGGCAGCGGGAUCACAUACCAUGGGGAACCCACAAUCAGUCUUAGUGAGUCAAUGUGUGAAGUUGCACAUGAUUACAAGAAGAGGAAACAUGUCUUUAAGCUUCGGCUGAGUGAUGGAAAGGAGUACCUCUUCCAAGCAAAAGAUGAGGCUGAAAUGAGUAGCUGGAUUCGAGCAAUCAAUUUCUCUGUAGUAUCCCCUUCUGCGAUGCCAGAAGAACAGUCCCCCACUCGAAAGGGACUUACACGAGCCAUGACCAUGCCUCCAUUGUCACCUAACAGCGGUGCUGAAGGAACUGUCACUCUCCGCAACAAAGAAGGCAAAGAAAAAGACAGAGAGAAAAGAUUCAGCUUUUUUAAGAAAAAAUAAACUAUGGAACUGAAAAAUCUAUACUAUGCUAGAAACCUGUUUGCUUCAGAGAGAGAGAGAUACUGACUCAAGAGCUCAAUGACUCUUAAGUUUGAAAUUACCAUAAAUAAGGACUGUAACAUUCUGCCAUGGCAAAAUGAAACUGUUACACGACAUCUCAUCAGAGACAUAUAUAUCCAUAUCUUUGAAAGUGGUAUAGACUGACAAAAAAGAUAUUGAAGAGUUAUGGAAGAAAAAUAAUGGUCUAUACAAGCAACUUCAUAAAUUUUAAUGGCUUUGGUUUUUAUAGAUGUCUGGGUUCUAGUUUGUUUGCUUAUUGAUGGUUUUGUUGGGGCAUUUUAAUUCAGUGAAACACUAACACAACUGGUAUUUAAAGCACAGGAGUUUGGAGAAGUUGUCAUAUCUUGCCAGAACAAAUUCAUGCUGUCCAGUUCCCCUUUCAUUUUCAGUUAUUAACAAGGCAAUAAGAAAGUGUCUGUGGUCCGCAUAGCUCUGUUAGGAAGAUGCCCAUAUAAGCAUGCUGAAACCCAAGGCACUUGGCCAUAGGACUAGAUGAGGCAGACUGCAGUUUCUAUAAUUGCAGACCCUCAAGGUCGGCUGAUCCAUGAACUGUAGGAUUAUGUUUGCUUUACCCCAGUUUCUAUGAUGACAGGCAUGACGCACUAUAUACAGAAUUUUCUGGCUAAUGGCACUAGGUUUUCUGUAGUACUGCAUUGCUUGUAGAAGACCAGCAGAAGGUACCCUGCCAUCAAGAGUUAAAGCAGUUUGUCAAAUGAACUUUUCUCGGCUUUAAUACAUUGCAGUCUUUCUAAGCUUCCUGUUUAGAUCUGGCCAAUCACAAACUAUAAUUUUACUGUAAAAUAGUAAUUUAAUUUUUUAGAAAUUCUGUCUUAGCUUGCAGUGAUUUAGAAUCACCAGGGGCCAAAUGCAACUUUUGUUGAGAAUAUUAAAAGCAUUUUUAAGUAUGUUUAUUCUGAUGACUGUGCCUGCCUGCCACUGAUACUGCAAAAGAGUGUGCCCGAUUGUCCUGUUCUUUUCUUUCUUCAUAUUGUACAUACAGAAAGCAAGGCCUGAUUGGUUAUAUAGAUUCUGUUUUACAGAAUUCUUUGAACAAUAGGCAUAACAUUUUGAAUGCCUGUAGAAGAAAAACCUGUAACCAUAUAUAUGACGGCCAUGUUGACAUCCAUUUCAGCUAGCACAUAUUCUGCAUUGUUAUCUUUAGAACUGCAAAUAUUUUUUUAGAGUUGGGAAGACUUCAUUUGCACUCAUUAGAAUAAUGUACAUUAAAACGGGUUGAGCAAAACACUACCACAAUAGUUUCUAUUAAGUACAUGUGAAGGUUUGAUCUGGUUAUCAUUUAAAACCACCAGUAAAAUGAAAUAGUUUUCAUUUAAAUGUAUAUGAAGGUUUUAUUUGGUUAUCACAUAAAACCAAUAAUGAAUAUGUUUAUAACUUCAGUUAUUGGGUUGCCUAAUACGUGAAUGCCCAGAAUUAUAUAGAUUAUAUGUGUAUAUGUUGGAAUUUGUAACCCCGUGUUUAAUUUUUAAAAGAACUAUUAAAAUUAUCUACAGACUUA